AUGUCCGAUUUCGAUAAAUAUACUACGCCCUUAUCCUCUAGAUAUGCUUCUAAAGAAAUGUCUAGUAUCUUCUCCUUAAGGAGCAGAUUUUCUACAUGGAGAAAACUAUGGUUAAACCUAGCCAUUGCUGAAAAGGAGUUGGGUUUAGAUGUUAUCAGCGAUGAAGCCAUUAAGGAAAUGGAAGCCCAUCUAACCAUUACAGACGAUGAGAUCGCCAAAGCUAGUGCACAAGAAGCGAUUGUUAGACAUGAUGUCAUGGCCCAUGUCCAUACCUUCGGUGAAUCAUGCCCUGAAGCAGCUGGUAUCAUUCACUUAGGUGCUACUUCAUGUUUUGUGACUGAUAAUGCUGAUUUGAUUUUCUUAAGAGACGCCUAUGAUCUAGUCAUCCCAAAGUUAGUUAACGUUAUCGAUAGAUUAUCUAAAUUUGCUAUGGAAUAUAAAGAUUUACCAGUGUUAGGGUGGACCCAUUUUCAACCUGCUCAAUUGACUACUUUAGGUAAACGUGCUACAUUAUGGAUUCAAGAACUAUUAUGGGAUCUAAGAAACUUCGUUAGAGCUAGGAAUGAUAUAGGUUUACGUGGUGUUAAGGGUACUACUGGGACUCAAGCUUCAUUUUUGGCCUUAUUCCAUGGUGACCAUGACAAAGUGGAAGCCCUAGAUAAGAGAGUCACCGAAUUGCUAGGUUUCGAUACUGUUUAUCCAGUUACUGGCCAAACAUAUUCUAGAAAGAUCGACAUUGAUGUUUUGGCUCCUUUAUCCUCAUUUGCUGCUACAGCUCAUAAGAUGGCUACUGAUAUUAGAUUAUUGGCAAAUUUGAAAGAACUUGAAGAACCUUUCGAAAAAUCCCAAAUUGGUUCUUCUGCUAUGGCGUACAAGAGAAAUCCUAUGCGUUGUGAACGUGUCUGUUCUUUAGCUAGACACUUGGGUUCUUUGUUUAGUGAUGCAGUCCAAACAGCUUCUGUCCAAUGGUUUGAAAGAACAUUAGAUGAUUCCGCUAUUAGAAGAAUUUCUUUACCAAGCGCCUUCUUAACUACCGAUAUUCUUUUAUCCACAUUGUUGAACAUAUCCUCAGGUCUUGUAGUCUAUCCAAAGGUCAUUGAAAGAAGAAUUAAGUCAGAACUACCAUUUAUGGCUACUGAAAACAUUAUUAUGGCUAUGGUAGAGAAAAAAGCUUCCAGACAAGAUGUGCAUGAACGAAUUAGAGUCUUAUCUCACCAAGCUGCCGCUGUGGUCAAAGAACAAGGUGGUGACAACGAUUUGAUUGAACGUAUCCAAAAGGAUGAAUACUUUAAGCCAAUUUGGGGUGAGUUAGACCAACUACUGGAACCAUCUACUUUUGUCGGAAGAGCUCCUCAACAAGUUGAAAAAUUUGUUGCCAAUGAUGUCAAGAAUGCUUUAGCACCUUAUGAAAAGUACAUUCAUGACCAAGAAGCAAAAUUGAGCGUAUAA